AUGUCUUACAACCAAAACUCCAAUAGCACUUCGAACGCUAACAACGCCGACUGGAAGUACUCUGGUGCCCAAGUGGACCCAUACACCAAUGAGCAAGCUUCCAACGCCACUGGAUACACCGGGUCCACUAACGAGCCAAGCACUCAAUCGUCCCGUCAAGACCAAUCUACCUAUGGUCAAGCCGGCCGCCAACCGGGUUACAACACACGCGGUUCUGGUAAUUCGGGCGCUUAUGAGACUACCCAGUCUGCCGGUUAUGGAUCGUCGAAUCAGCCUUCUACUACUGGAUAUUCGCAACCGCAACAACAAUCUGGUCGCCAGCAAGGCUAUGGUUCGCAGCAGAACACUUCUGGCACCCAAUCCUAUGGUUCGUCUGCUCAAGGACACCAGUAUAGUUCCUCUGACAAUGCCUCGGGUAAUCCUUCGUUUGGCGAUAAGGUGAAGGGCACUUUUGAGAAGAUGGGCGGUCAGAUUAAGGGUGAUCCCACCCAGGUCGCUCAAGGCGAGGCCCGUGCCAGGGGAUUCGAUCCAAACACCAACUUGCACUAA